UCGAUUGUGUGUUUUGUUCCUUUAAAGACCGGUGGGAAGAUGAUGUGUUGGAAUCUCUUUGCCUGCCUUAGCCUUUUGAUGAUGGAUGUUGUGUGGACCGACCAUUGCCCAUCACGGUGUUUUUGCAACAAGGCGCUUACCUCGGUUAAUUGUGAAGGGAAGGGGUUUAUGUCUGUGCCCCCAGGUCUUCCAAAAUCGGUAGAAAAAUUGUACCUUCAACACAAUGAAAUCGCAGACUUGGAGGAGAAAUCGUUUUGUGGCUUACCACAACUUCAAGAAUUAUAUCUACAAAAUAACAAAUUGUCAGUGAUCAAGUCGUUGACCUUUUCGGGGAUUUGCUUAGCGAGUUUAAAGAUUAUACGAUUGGAUAACAACCACAUCGCUACAUUGGAGGAAAAUGCCUUUUUUAACGUCUCAACCCUUAAUAUAACGUACCUCACGAAUAAUUACAUAUCAUCUGUAAACUCCAACGCUUUCUAUCAGUGUUCAGGCAUGACAUUCUUGCAGUUGGCUCAAAAUUAUCUGAGAUCAAUUCCAGCUCUUCAAUGGCUAACUUUGCUGCAACAACUUAGCCUACAAGGAAAUAAAAUAAAAAACGCUACAUUCCCCACAAGUUAUGAGGUGUCGACCUCACUAGCAACUGUGGGUCUCAGCGCUAACGAGGUCGAAAACCUGACUGAUAACACCUUUAAGAGUUUAAGAAACAGUGCAUUAAGAAAGCUAGAAUUAUCCAGAAACAAAAUUACUGAUAUAUCCAGUGGAGCAUUCUUGCCCCUAACAAAACUUGUGUCGUUGGUAAUCAGCCUGAAUCCGUUAACAGCCACAAAGUUACAGGUAGGACUGGAGGGACUGCGAUCAUCCGCCCUUCGCUCACUGAACAUCGCUAGACUGAAUCUAGGAGGACGCUUACCGUCUUCGACCUUCGCACUCCUAAAUGGUACAGGAUUAAAGCAACUACUGAUGAGUAAUAAUCAAAUCAUACAAUUACCGAGUCGAGCAUUUGCUUCCUUAAAGAAUCUAGAACAGAUCGAGCUCAGUGGCUGCAAAAUCCAAACAAUAGCCAACGACACUUUUGCAGGACUGUCUUCACUCACAAAUCUAAAUCUGGCGGAUAACUCUCUCGACAAGGUCCCGAAAAAUCUUCCAUCAAGGCUUAACAUAUUAUAUUUGAAUGGUAAUCAAAUUCUGGCUCUAGAAGAAAAUGCCUUUGUUAACCUUGUUUCCUUGAAGAACCUUUAUUUGGGCGGGAACAAAAUUUCAGAAGUAAACAAAUUUGCCUUUAGAGGAUUAGUGGGCUUACAGAAACUACAUCUCGUUUCAAAUAGCAUUAGCAGUUUAGCAGCAGAAUUGUUUGCUCCAUUUGGAAGGCUUAUUUCUUUGGAACUGAACAAGAACAACUUGAAAACAAUUCAAAAUUCUCCAGACAUAUUCUCGUACAUGACGUCCUUGCUGUAUCUUUCGUUAUCAGAGAACAGUUGCAGUUCUUUGCCCUUGGUGUCAUUCAAGCACCUGCAAUCACUGAAGUACCUUUUUCUCGAUGGUAACGACCUUGGAAAUGUAAUCGAGAGCGACGCUUCUGGGACGCUGUUUUCUGGACUACACAAAUUAGAAACACUUAGUUUAUCGACAAAUUUCCUACACACUCUUCCAAGUCAACUUUUUAAAGAUUUAACAUCCCUGCAGACUCUAAACAUGAAAAGAAAUAGGAUAUCUAGUUGGGGCAAUGGUAUAUUUAAGCACACAGCUGCACUUAGGAGCCUCGACUUCAGUUACAACACCAUUUCAUUGGUGAAUUCGUCUUCUCUUGAAGAUCUCUCAAAAAAUACUAAUUUCCAUAUGCUAAAUUUAAGCAACAAUCCAUUCGCAUGCACUUGUGACCUUCGGUGGUUUAGAGAUUGGGUUAACCAAACUAAAGUGGAAGUUGCAAAUAUUGAGGAUUAUCUCUGCAACACCCCUGGUGAAUGGAAGGGAAAGCAUUUCUUGUCGUUUGAUCGGACUAAAAUUGUCUGUGUUUGGUUUGACCUGUACUUUGUAAUAGGGGUUUCCGUUGCUUCAGCACUUGUUGUCCUUGUAAUUUGUAUUGUGCUCUUUAAGAAGAGAUGGUGGAUUUUGUAUCGGUGUUAUCGUCUUAAUUCAUAUUGUUGCUCUUCACGUAGCACGAGAGAUGGCUACCAGAAGGUAAAUGGUCUUGACGGAGAUGGAUGGGUGUACGACGCCUACUUAUCGUAUGCAGAUGAUGACUAUGUUUGGGUUCUUCAUCACCUAUUGCCAGAUAUUGACUUGGGUGAAUUGACACCAGAAACCCCGUUCAACGGACAAUUCAGAUUAUAUUUCUACGACCGAGAUUCUAUUCCAGGGAGCAGCAUGAUCUCCAGUAUUUCUGACAACAUUGAGAGAAGCAAAAAAGUCAUCAUUGUUUUGACCAAGGAGUACUUGUCCAGUGCAAAACACAAGUUUGAAAUUGAUCUUGCUGUGAAAUUGAAAUCUGAUGGCGUCAUCGAUGACAUCAUUGUCAUUAAUGUAGAGGGCGUUCCUUUCAAGUGUAUUCCGAAAUCACUUCAAAGGAAAAUUUCCAGGGAAGAGUUUUUACUGUGGGAGAAUGAGGACAAUGCGAAAAAAGUUUUUAAAGAAAAACUAAAACGUGAAUUGAAUAAAGUCACCAAAGCUACUGAAGUGGAGGUUUGAAACUACUUAUCUUAAAGACAGAAGUAAGAGUAAUGAAAUGAUAAUUUUCUACUGUCUUGGAAGAUCUGUCGAAAUUAUGAAAUGUGCAUCGCUCAUUCUGUAUAUUGUUUUCAUGCAUGAUCAUAUUUGAUUAAUGGCUUAUGAGAGAUAUUUCUAGUAUACGUUUACAUUCAAGCUGUUAUUGUUUUUGUUUUUUUCGUUUACUGUACAUAAUGGAACACUAAAUAGUUGUUCCAACCAUAUAUACUUUACACUUUUCUUUAAGCAUUUACUGUGGACAUACGCAAUGUACCUUACCUCCUGAUAUUUUCAAGAUAUUCUUAAUUUAAGAUUAUAGUGCCAUCAGAUAUUCGUAGACAAAAAAUCAGCAUGCAUUACCAGGGGUUUUGAAAAGAUAUCAAUUGAUGAAAAUUCUUGUAC